GUAGUAUAAGCAAAUAAAAUUGUAGGAGAAACAAAUGCUAAGAGAUUCAUCUCCAGUUUGCCGGGAAACCUGUCGGAAAACAAAUACAUCUAAUAUUCCGGCGAAGCUUUAUUUGUUUAGAUAGUUGGUGGCUCAAUUACUGACAAGGGCAGUAGUCUUGUAUUAUGUUGAUAAGGUCUUUCAGAUGCCAGACACGCAAUUAAACCGAGAAAGAAGCCAAAUGAGCUAGUGUCCUAAAUGAAAUUGGAAAAGGCAAACAUAACAUACCAUGUCUUUCUGAAGGAAUUGGAUCAGUGUUAAUCAUAGCAUCAAACUAAAUUAGAAUGAUCUUACAAUCUAUAAUGUUCUAUCAAGUAUCAAGUACAUAUUGAGUUCUUGCCAAUCCUCAUCAUAGUAUAGACGCGGUGCUUUGUCUUCCCAAGAGUCAGUGAGAGACUCAAUCUGGUAGCAGCAGAGAAAGACAACAGUUGCUUUAAACAAUGGCAGUCGUUAUAGUUAUAAUUACUGUUGUACUCAUGUCACUUGUGUUUCGAAUUCUUUAUGUCAUCUACUGGAGCAGCAAGCCCUUUCAAACCAAGCCCAGAAAGCCUGUCAGGACACUUAUUAUCCUGGGUUCAGGAGGCCACACUGCAGAGAUGCUAAAUCUCUUGUCAGUGCUGCAAGCCGAUCGAUUCUGUCCAAGAUAUUACAUCGCUGCUGCUACUGAUAAUAUGAGCCUUCAGAAAGCAAGCGUGUUUGAGAACCUGUUGGCAGAUAAGACAGGAGGCAAAUCAGGAAAAACUGCUGAGUUCAUGCAAAUAUAUAGAAGCCGUGAAGUAGGCCAGUCCUAUGUAACCUCCAUUGGAACUACCAUAUAUGCUGUUGCUCAUGCCCUGUUGCUGAUGAUGAAAAUUAAGCCCGAAGUGAUUUUAUGCAAUGGCCCUGGAACUUGUAUACCUUUGUGUGCGAUUGCAUUCUUUUUCAAGGUGUUGGGAAUGAAUUGGUCAUCCAUAUUUUACAUAGAGAGCAUAGCUAGAGUGAAGAGGCUAUCGCUUAGCGGUAUUAUUCUGUACAAGUUGCACAUGGCUGAUCAGUUAUUUGUGCAGUGGCCGCAACUACAGAGAAAGUAUCCACGAGCACAUUACGUUGGCCGUCUCAUGUAACUGACUAUUCCCGUGAUUUUCACUGCAUUCCAAGAAAUUCUGCUAAGGCUCCUUGCCCAACUCAGUUCUACAGCCAAAUUGUUGAUAUCUACACCCUAAAAAACUGCUUGAGUUCUUGUUUCCCUGGAUUAUAGUUCCUGACAACAUAAACACUUCACAUGGAGGACAACAGAUGGACAAAUAGGUUUAUUUCUGUAGUUGAUAACAUAUAUUGAUCUUAAAGCCCGUUCUGAGGAGUAGUACUAUGUACAUGGCUCUGCUUUGUAAUUGUUGAGAUUAAAAACAAAUUAAUGUGAAUUUUCGAUGCAAA